AUGUUAUCCAGAUCUUUUGCAAAGUCGGCUACACGGUUCCCGGCAGCUUCAAGGACAGCUCUCUCCAUGAGAUCAACUGCAAAGACAUUUUUAAAUUCCAAACAUAUUCCAUACUAUUCCAUCUCUGCAGCACGUUUCAAAUCCUCCGCUUCGACAAUUGUAAGAGAGGCCCCAGCACCUGCUUUCAAUCAAGAAUUGGAUGACACUACAGGGAACGUGUCUAACUCCAACGGCGAUUUUGACUCUUCUCUGAUUGGUAAAACUGGUGGUGAAAUUUUCCAUGAAAUGAUGGUCCGCCAUGGCGUUGACACGGUCUUUGGUUACCCAGGUGGUGCAAUUUUGCCUGUCUAUGACGCCAUUUAUAAUUCUGAUAAAUUCAGAUUUGUCUUGCCCCGUCAUGAACAAGGUGCAGGUCAUAUGGCUGAAGGUUACGCUAGAGCUUCAGGUAAACCUGGUGUGGUUUUGGUCACUUCCGGACCCGGUGCAACAAAUGUCAUCACUCCCUUGGCCGACGCCUUGGCCGAUGGUAUUCCUUUGGUUGUCUUCACUGGCCAAGUUCCAACUAGUGCCAUUGGUACAGACUCUUUCCAAGAAGCCGAUGUUGUUGGUAUCUCUAGAUCGUGCACUAAAUGGAACGUCAUGGUCAAGAAUGUCGCAGAACUCCCAAGGAGAAUCAACGAAGCUUUUGAAAUAGCAACUACAGGUAGACCAGGCCCGGUUUUGGUUGACCUUCCAAAGGACGUCACAGCAGCCGUACUUAAACAUGCCAUUCCUUUAUCUUCGUCCAUUCCAAAGAAAACCAUCCCUGCUUUAUCCAAAUCAGUCUCUACUCAAUACACUGUCGAAUGCAUUGAACGUGCCGUUGAAUUGUUGAAGAAGGCAAAGAAGCCAAUCAUUUAUGCCGGUGCAGGUGUCCUCAGUUCCGAUGACGGACCAAAGAAAUUAAAGGAAUUGGCCGAUAAGGCUUGUAUACCAGUGACUACCACCUUACAAGGUUUGGGAUGCUUUGACCAGAACGACCCUAAAUCUCUCGAUAUGUUGGGUAUGCAUGGAUCUGGUGUUGCCAACAUGGCAAUCCAAAAUGCCGAUUUGAUCAUUGCACUGGGUGCCAGAUUUGAUGACAGAGUUACUGGUAACAUUGCGAAAUUUGCACCUCAAGCUAAAUUGGCUGCUCAAGAAGGUAGGGGUGGUAUUGUACAUUUCGAAAUCUCCCCUAAGAAUAUCAACAAGGUUGUCGAGGCAACUGAAGCAAUCGAAGGUGACGUUACUGAAAAUUUGGAACUAUUCAACAAAUUAGCACCUCAAAUGGAAUCACGUCCAGAAUGGUUUAGAUUAAUUGACGAAUGGAAGGAGAAAUACCCUUACUCUUACCAAAUGGAAACUCCAGGUUCUUUGAUUAAACCUCAAACCCUUCUGAAGACCAUCUCUGCAGAAGCUCAUAAAACUGGCAAGGAAGUCAUUGUCACAACCGGUGUCGGCCAACACCAAAUGUGGGCCGCCCAACACUUCACAUGGACUAAGCCAAGAACCUUCAUCACUUCUGGUGGAUUAGGUACCAUGGGUUAUGGUUUGCCUUCAGCAAUCGGUGCUCAAGUUGCUAAGCCAGAUGCGUUGGUCAUCGAUAUUGACGGUGAUGCUUCAUUCAACAUGACUUUGAUGGAACUAUCCUCAGCUAUUCAAGCAAACACCCCUGUCAAAAUUUGUGUUUUAAACAACGAGGAACAAGGUAUGGUCACUCAAUGGCAGUCUCUCUUUUAUGAACAUAGGUAUUCCCACACCCAUCAGUCAAACCCAGACUUUAUGUUACUAGCUCAAUCUAUGGGCCUCAACGGCGUUAGAGUGACCAAACAAGAAGAAAUGAUUCCAGGUAUUCGAGAAUGGCUAAGUACAGAAGGUCCUUGUCUUCUUGAAGUAUAUGUCGAGAAGAAGGUUCCAGUCCUUCCAAUGGUGCCUGCUGGUAAGGGUCUAGACGAGUUCAUAUUCUUUGAUCCUGAAGUCGAAAAGCAACAAGCCGAACUAAGACAUAAAAGAACCGGAGGUAAACACUGA